GCCGCCGUCUCCCCCGCGCCCUCCUCGGGGCGGAGGGAAGCCAAGAAGGGGGAGGGAGGGGUUGGUGUCAAUUUUUUUGUGUGGCCGCGGCCGGAGCCUGUGGCGGGCAGGCGGCGAGCGGGGAGACCCCGGCGCGGCAGAGCCAUGGAUGGCCCGACGCGGGGCCAUGGACUCCGCAAGAAGCGGCGGUCGCGAUCGCAGCGAGACCGGGAGAGGGGCUCCGACAAGGAAGACAAUGGGAAGCCCCCGUCCUCCGCCCCGUCCCGGCCCAGACCCCCGCGGAGGAAGCGGAGAGAGUCCACCUCGGCCGAAGAGGACAUCAUUGAUGGAUUUGCCAUGACCAGCUUUGUCACUUUUGAAGCGCUGGAGAAGGAUGUAGCACUUAAGCCUCAGGAACGUGUGGAGAAACGCCAGACACCUCUAACCAAGAAGAAACGAGAAGCACUUACCAAUGGCUUGUCCUUUCAUUCCAAGAAGAGCAGGCUCAGCCACCCACAUCACUACAGCUCAGAUCGAGAAAAUGAUCGUAAUCUCUGCCAGCACCUUGGGAAGAGAAAGAAAAUGCCAAAGGGACUCCGACAGCUCAAGCCAGGACAGAACAGCUGCAGGGACAGUGACAGUGAAAGUGCCAGUGAAGAGUCCAAGGCCUUCCACAGGAGCAGCUCCCGGGAAAGACUCAGCGAUAGUUCAGCUCCUUCCAGCUUGGGAACAGGCUACUUCUGUGACAGCGACAGUGACCAGGAAGAGAAGAUCUUACCUAAGAUCCUGCGGUUACUGCUUAGUGGGAUCUUUCCAUCAAGACCAGAAUUUUCCCUCCUCCACUGCCAGCCUCCAAGAGAGAUCUAA